CGACCGGCGCGAGGAUGAAGUUCGCUUACCAGUUCUCCAACUUGCUGGGCACAGUUUAUCGAUGUGGAAACCUGAAUUUCACUCCAGAUGGGAACUCUCUGAUUAGUCCCGUGGGAAACAGAAUUACUGUCUUUGACUUGAAAAAUAACAAGUCUGAGACGCUACCACUGGCAGCCCAAUACAAUAUCACAUGCGUGGGACUUUCUCUAGAUGGAAACCUUGCCAUACUUGUUGACGAAGUGGGAGCUGCCUUGCUUGUCAGCUUGAUCAGUAAAUCUGUGAUUCACCAGUUCCACUUUCAUAAACCUGUACAUAGUGUCUGCUUCUCCCCAAAUGGAAAGAAAUUUGUGGUAACAAAGGACAAGGUUGCUCUGAUGUACCAUGCCCCAGGGAAGAAACGAGAAUUUAAUGCGUUUGUUCUUGACACAACUUAUUAUGGUGCGUAUGAUGAAACAACAUGCAUAGCCUGGACUGAUGAUUCAAAAUGUUUUGCAGUUGGCAGCAAGGAUAUGUCAACAUGGAUUUUUGGUGCAGAACGAUGGGCCAAUCUGAUUUAUUAUGCUCUAGGAGGUCAUAAGGAUUCCAUAGUUUCCUGCUUUUUUGAAGAAAACAGUCUGGAUCUGUACACUAUCAGUCGAGAUGGGGCUUUGUGUGUGUGGCAGUGUGAUACAGAACUAAAUGGCUUGAAACCUAUAAUGCCCAAACAACAAACUGAAGACAAAGAGGAAUCGACAAAAGACCAAGAGUUCACAGAAGAGCAACAGGGCAAAGAGAUUCGAGGAAAAGUCAAUGAAAUUGAACAAGAGAAUAGAAAGAAAGUGAAAUACUCAUGUGCUGCCAAGUAUUUUUUCAACAAAGAAGGAGAUUUUAACAACCUGACCACUGCAGCAUAUCACAAGAAAACCCAUCUACUUGUCACUGGCUUUGCUUCUGGAAUUUUUCAUCUCCAUGAGCUUCCAUACUUCAACCUCAUCCAUUCUUUAAGCAUUUCGGACCAGAAGAUUGCGGCUAUUUCUAUCAACAGUACUGGUGACUGGAUCGCCUUUGGAUGCUCAGGUCUGGGACAGCUGUUGGUGUGGGAGUGGCAAAGUGAGUCCUAUGUGUUGAAGCAGCAAGGCCACUUCAACAGUAUGGUGUCACUUGCAUACUCCCCUGAUGGACAAUACUUGGCAACUGGUGGGGAUGAUGGGAAGGUUAAGGUAUGGAACACCAGCAGCGGCUUCUGCUUUGUUACCUUUACAGAACAUACCAGCAGCAUAUCUGCUGUAACAUUUACCUCCUCAGGUUAUGUAAUUUUGAGUGCAUCUCUGGAUGGAACAGUGCGAGCUUUUGAUCUCCACAGGUACCGCAAUUUCCGCACAUUUACAUCCCCUCGACCAACUCAGUUCUCUUCCUUGGCCGUAGACAGCAGUGGCGAGAUAGUUUCAGCUGGUUCUCAGGACUCUUUUGAAGUAUUUCUGUGGUCUGUACAGAGUGGACGACUCUUAGAUGUCUUAGCUGGCCAUGAAGGCCCCAUCAGUAGCCUAUGUUUUAACCCAAUGAAGUGUGUUCUAGCAAGCGCCUCUUGGGAUAAGACAGUCAGAUUGUGGGAUAUGCUGGAUAGCUGGAGGACCAAGGAAACCCUAGCCCUGAACUCAGACGUGCUUGCGGUUGCUUUUUCCCCGGAUGGUAAAGAACUUGCAGUUGCUUCCUUGGAUGGACAGAUAACCUUCUGGGACCAUGAAAAUGCAGUGCAGACUGGCUCAAUUGAGGGAAGACAUGAUCUACAGAUGGGAAGAAAGGAACUGGACAAAAUAACAGCCAAACAAGCUGCUAAGGGGAAAUCUUUCACUACUCUCUGUUACUCAGCUGAUGGGCAGUCCAUUCUGGCAGGAGGGAUGUCAAAGUGUGUUUGUAUUUAUCACAUCAAAGAACAGAUUAUCGUGAAGAAAUUUGAAAUUUCUUGCAAUCUUUCCUUAGAUGCAAUGGAGGAGUUUCUGGAUCGCAGGAAGAUGACUGAAUUUGGAAGCAUGGCAUUAAUAGAUGAAGGAACUGGGGAUGAUGAUGGUGUGGCGAUUCCUCUUCCAGGGGUUAAAAGAGGUGACAUGAGUUCUCGACAUUUUAAACCAGAGAUAAGAGUGACUUGCCUCCGCUUCUCUCCUACUGGACGAAGCUGGGCAGCAACCACUACAGAAGGCCUUCUGAUCUACUCUUUGGACUCUGGUCUGGUCUUUGAUCCGUUUGACUUGGAAAUUGACAUAACUCCUAGCAAUGUCCACAAAGUGCUACGUCAGAAGGAGUACACCAAGGCGAUUGUCAUGGCUUUUCGACUGAAUGAGAAGAAACUGAUCCAGGAAGUCUUGGAAAAUGUGCCAUAUAAUGACAUUGAGGUGAUCUGCUCAUCGCUCCCCGAACUGUAUAUAGAAAAGAUCCUGGAAUUUUUGGCCUCUUCCUUUGAGACAUCUCGUCACUUGGAAUUCUACCUCAUGUGGACUCAAAGAUUGCUUAUGCUGCAUGGGUGCAAGUUAAAAACAAGGUCAGGAAAACUUCUGCCUACCAUUCAGUUUCUUCAGAAGAGCAUUCAGCGUCACUUUGAAGAUAUUUCCAAACUUUGUGACUGGAAUUGCUAUAACAUGAAAUAUAUUCUGGCCAUUUCAAAACAACGGGGAAGGAAACGUACAGCAGAAGAAUCUGAAAAUGAUGAAGAGCAGCAGGAUUUGGAAGAGUCCAGUAUUGAUUCUCUCAUGGAAGAAUCAGUUGUGCUUUCAUAAAAAACA